GUAUGAUGAGAUGAAAGCCAUUUUAAUCAUAACGUUAACGCUAAUUACGUUUUCAAUUACAAAAUGCGAGAAAAAAAACGAAAAUAAAAUGAAUACUGAUGUUUUGACAACAACUACUAUGACAAUGGAAGACGAGGCUAGAAACAGCGACGUGGAUCUUAUGGGAAUUAUGUUAGAUUGUAAUGACACGUUUCGUGUUGAAAUGCCAUAUUUAGAUACUUUCAAUAAGAGCGGCAGUUUUCCAGACGAAACGGACAGGACACCGAAGUGCUUCGUACGUUGCGUUUUGGAAAAAUCGGAAGUUGCAAUGGAAGAUAAUCAGUUUAACGUGACUCGCACUGCUGAAUUGUUUCAACAAAUCAGAGACAUCCCUCAGGAGGAAAUUCUCGAAAUGGCGACGCCUUGUUCGGACAGAUCCGAAAGCUGUAAGUGCGAACGAUCCUAUCAGUACUUAAAAUGCAUUUUAGAAACAGUCAUAGACAAAUAUGAUACGACUUAAUGUAUUACGAGAUAAAUAAUA